CGCAUUUUUUUCUCUCUCUCCCCGCUUUCGGGUUGUGUGUGCGUGCGUGUGUGUGCGUGUGGCGGUCGGUCGCGGUGGUGGUGGUAGCGAAAUGUGGGAGAUGCUAGCGGCGACGAAUGGCCCUGGAUCUUAAGGCGUGGAUAAGUUAGGAUGAAGAAACGGCUGGUGGCCUGACCCUGCCUCCCUCCCAGGGUCAGUAGCAGUGGCGGAAGAUGGCUGACAAAAUGGAUGACAAACCGCCGGCACCCCCUGUUCGGCUCACCAGCGCCAGCACGGUGAGAGGCGCAAGUGUCACGCCUGUGCGGGACUCCUCCUCGGUACCUGUGGACAUGCGGCCGCUACCCAAAGAGCCCGAGCUUGAGAAGAAGGGCAAACUCAAGCCUUCCAAAGGUGCCAAGAAAGAGCGCAAGGAGCUUGAAAAGCCCAUCAUCUCGCCACCGACCAACUUUGAGCACACAGUGCACGUGGGCUUUGAUGCCGUGACGGGCGAAUUCACAGGCAUGCCGGACUCAUGGGCACGGCUGCUGCAGAACUCCAACAUCACCAAGCUGGAGCAGAAGAAGAACCCGCAGGCCGUGCUGGAUGUGCUCAACUGGUACGAUGCCUCCACCAAGGACAAGGGGGCCUCCAAGUACAUGACCAUGAACCGGACGCUCGAUCCCUCUCCCCGGCCAAGCUACUUGGGAGACAAGUAUGCUGUUGCAACGACGGUGAUCGGAUCAUCCACCUCGGAGGACAGCAUAUCUGAGCCAGAGAAUGCGCCCAAGUUUUUGUCACCCCAUGAGCCCAGGAGGAAUGUCUCUGAGAAAAUUGUCUAUAAGUCCCAGCAAGAACCCUCAUCUCCCGAGGAAGAAGAAGAUGAGCCAGGCCCGCCGCCCCCUAUUGCCACACGGCCAGACAAGACGAAGUCCAUUUACACAAAGCCCAUUGAGGAGGAGAACAAGAAUGGGGCGGCUUUUGGCUAUGACGUACGCGACAUUGCCAACAACAACAGCACGGCUGCUGCGCCAGGUGCGGUGACGCGACCCCGCAAGAAAAAGAUGACCGACGACGAGAUUAUGGAGAAGCUGCGCAGCAUCGUGUCCGUAGGCGACCCCAACCGCAAAUACACCAAAAUGGAGAAAAUCGGGCAGGGCGCCUCGGGCACGGUGUUCACGGCAAUCGAGACGUCGACAGGUGCGGAAGUGGCCAUCAAGCAGAUGAAUCUGUCGCAGCAGCCAAAGAAAGAGCUCAUCAUCAAUGAGAUACUAGUGAUGCGCGAGAACAAGCAUCCAAAUGUGGUCAACUAUCUAGACAGCUAUCUGGUAGGUGACGGUGAACUCUGGGUUGUCAUGGAGUACCUGGCGGGGGGAUCGCUGACGGAUGUCGUCACCGAGACGUGCAUGGAUGAGGGCCAGAUUGCAGCCGUCUGCCGCGAGGUGCUGCAAGCGCUCGAGUUCCUGCACCGCAACCACGUCAUCCACCGCGACAUCAAGAGCGACAACAUCCUUCUUGGCAUGGAUGGCAGUGUCAAGCUGACGGACUUUGGGUUCUGCGCACAGAUCUCGCCGGAGCAGAGCAAGCGCACCACGAUGGUGGGCACGCCAUACUGGAUGGCUCCAGAGGUGGUGACACGAAAGCAGUAUGGCCCUAAGGUGGAUGUCUGGUCGCUGGGUGUCAUGGCCAUCGAGAUGGUCGAAGGGGAGCCCCCCUAUCUCAAUGAGAACCCCCUGCGCGCCCUCUACCUCAUCGCCACCAAUGGCAAGCCUGAGAUCAAGGAGCGUGAGAAGCUCAGCGCCGUCUUCCAGGACAUGCUUGAUCGCUGCCUUGAGGUCGACGUCGACCGACGAUACUCGGCUGCUGAGCUGCUCAAGCACCCGUUUCUAAAGCUAGCACGCCCACUUACCAGCCUGCAUCCGCUCAUUGUCGCCGCCAAGGAGGCAGCCAAGAGCCACUGAGUGCCAGGCACUAAACGCCAAGCAGGUUCCCCUGCUGUUCUGGUUCUGCCUUCUGCUGCACGGCCGAGCGAUCUUGAGACAGUGCCCUGCAUUUCCAAAAGAAAGCCAUGCAGCUGCUUUGACUCCCAGAAAGCAAGGCCAAGAUUGAGCCUGCACUCAUCACCUUGGAUAGUGCAGUUUCAGCCGUGUGUCAGAAUGCCUCAGGAAUCAGGAUCUAGCAUGCUGGCGGAGCAAGUGUCAUCCACCAGACGUGGUGGUGAUGGUGAUUCGUUUCCUGCGCUGGUGUCCAAAAGCCCGAUGCGUUCUCCCGGUCGCUCCGACGGGUCAGUGCUGAGGUCACUUUUCGCUGAAGCUUCACCAGCAGUGAUAUAACUGGUAGUUGCACACUGGGACCGAACUGCAGGCGCCUGCCACCUGACAUGGUGAUGGUGAUCUGUUUUCUUUGUCGGUGUCGGGAAAGCCUUCUGCUGCAACCUGCCACCACAGUGAAGAAUACUUGUGUGAAAUGGCACUCUCAUUGUAUGCCCUGCAGAUGCCUUCUUGAGGUUUCUUCUUUUUCUGUGCAGAGCUAUAUAUACUGAUCACACUUGCUCUGUUAAGUCUGGCAGACAGAGGCACGUGUAUCCUCGGGUUGAGCUCAGCCUUCUGCUGUCAGUUUCGACAUACAGAACAAUGCCUUGUGAACUUCACUCUAAGGCCAAGCUUGGGAAAUGUUCACGUUGCUGCUGAAGGAACAUCAUAUGGUCACCGAGGGCGACUCGGCAGCUUUGCACGCAACAUGUUGCAAGAAAGAUCUCAAGCAGAGGGAAUGGGGCGAGCCUGUGCAAAGUGCUUGUGCUGUUGUGCCCCUAGCACUCGCUGUGUUUGGGCUGCGAAAUGAGCUUUGCGGCAAAGCCUUUGGAAGGAAAAAACUUAAAGCAGUGACUGCUACAUUGCAUUUACAAACAAGUGCAAGUUGUCAAAACCAAGCACAUCGGAAUCACAUGCGGCAACACCUGCAACAUGGUUUUUUUAAGCUUAGCCAUUGUGAGUGAUCAGGGAUAGGGCUUUCUGAACAGCACACAUUUAUUGCACUUUCAAACGCUUUUUCACACAGUGGGUGGAUUUUGGUCACACAACAAUAACCUUUUCUGUUCUCUCAGUGAGGAUUCCUCCCUUCAUAAUGAUGUUUGCCAAAUGCUUUCUUUUCAUGAAUGAAACACAACGCUUGCGAAUGGUUAUAUGUUUGAGCAUUCAUGACAAAUAAGCAACAGUAGAAUAGCAUCAAAAGUGCAAGAACCUAAAUUGUUGUAUAGAAAGGAUGCAUCCUAAAGUAUGUAUAAAUUUUUUGAAAGAGUGCAGGACAAAACAAGGCUGUAUUUCACGGAGUUCUAUGCGCUACAUCAAAUGACAGCAAGGCAAAAUGCAGCUCUAUGUGGCCAGCAGCGUUUGCAUUUGUUCAUAGAACAUGGGAGACGUUCCUCCCCGAUGCAUGGAACUAGUUCACCCAAGAAAUUUAUUCUCAAUUUACCCCUGUCACAGUGCAGUGAACUUUAGGGAAGCUGUAACAAAAAAAAAAAGUUUUUUUAUGCCUAUGAUUGUUUAGCCAGAAUUUACAACAAGAACAGGCCAGUUAAGAUAAAAAUAUAAACUUAGAGAAGCGUCUUGCAAUCCACCAUUGAUUCAUUUGCAAACAGGCUUCGCUGUAUCUUCCUGCACUUACACUGUGCUCCAUGUCAGUGACACGAGGAAAGUAUUCUUCACUAGAUAAAGUUGAUUUAAGGCGAGUGACAGGGGAACAAUGAUCUCCCAAGCAAAGGUUGUAAAUCUGUAUGACCAGGCACCUCGUGAAUUUCAGCAUUUAUUGUUUUCGCACAUUAGGGCAAGCUUCUGUCACUUUUUUUUUUUGUUCGAGCAAAUUACAUGCAUGCACAAUGAGCUCCUUUGCGAUACUUCUUGGUUGUAAAGGGCAAGGCAGUCACGGUAUGCAGUUGUCACAUUAAAGUGGCAUUGCAAUGACUGAAAGACUGACCGUUCAAAAUGCGUGCAUGUUAAAUGCUAGCCAGAAGAAGAAAAAAAAAUUUUGACAACAUCCCCUCAGUCCAGCUUAGCAUUAGCCAAGUACUGAUGGCUGUACUGUUAGUGCACAUGGCUUUGUGAUUUUUUUUGUGAUGUAAUCAUUUGCAUCCAGAUGUCUUGAAAUUGGCUCUGCCACUUUUCUUGGCAGCUGCAUCUUCCAGGAUCAUUGUCAUUGCUGAGUGUGACUGAAGUGUCAACGUUGUAAGCAUGCAGAUGUGUCUGUGUGGUAGGUGUUGUGAUAGACCUCCCUUUAAGAUGAGCUUUACGCAGCCGAUUUCUGCAAUAUGCUAGACGGGUUUCAGCGCACUCACGCUGAGCCAAACUUUUAAUAAGAUCGAUCACUUUCAGGGAUAUCUCGUUUAGUGUGUACUGAUUGCCUAAGCCAGUGGAAUUGUAUGUUGCGAAGGGAAUGUCAUGCCUCCUAUCAGAAUGAUUUUCACGUGGCGUAGCCCUCAAGUUGUCACUUCAGUGAGGUGUCCUGCUGGACAUUAUGUCAUGUAUUCCUGAAAGUAGUAGGUCAACAAUGCAACCGAGGUUUCCAAAGUGUCUUUACAUUUGUAUUAAUGGGAGUCUACCAAGUUGGCUUGCGGAAGUUCAAUCGGUGGAUGCGACAUCGAUGCUGUAUGCUGUUGUGCUGGACGCAUGAGAGUGUGAGUUGUUUUGUUUUGCCAUGCAAAGCAGGCUUAUAGUGGGCUUUAUGGGUACGCUGUGAUUGCUGUCAUGUCACUCUUGAGCUUUUUAAAGGUUCAUUUAAAUAAGAGCAGUGAGAGCUUGCAACCCUAUGAAGUGCAGCUUCUAGGAUGCACUACGAUUUGCUAACACUGUUGUAGAAAACAUACGCUGAAUAUGAUGAGCAUGAGAGUGCUUGUGGAUUGAAUUUUGUCAUUUUCAUCGUCAUGAUGCAGUAAUGCCCCUGUCAUUCAAGAAAAUUCACUGUCAUUUGUAGUUAAGCACGUUGAUCAAAUCACAUUAGGUUCUGGCAUUGCAUGAUUUAAAAAAAUAAUAAUAAUUUGCACCAGACAGUGAUGGUGAAAUGUCAGUGAAUAGAAUACACAAAAAGAUCAAAGCAUGUGUGUAAGAUAUUUUCAACAAUGCAUGCUUUUAUUUAAAAUAAUUUUGAUGUUUUAUGGUAAUAACUUGGAACUGUUAUGUGAUGCUUACACAAGCAAUCAGAUGAUAUCUAUCCAUACUAAAUUGAGACAACACUCCACAACCCAGUAUGAAUGCAACAAACAUGACUGAUAUGGUGGAGUGCGAUAAAUAUGCAGCAACACACAGUGGCAGGUGGAAUGCUUUGCGUUCUUGUAUUCCUCAAAGGUAAAUUACUUAGAAAUCAAAGGAUUAUUCUAUGUAUAUUGUCUCUUGUUAUUUUUUUGUCUUUUUUUAUGCCAUUUAGUGAAGUCUCUGAAACAUAUUCGUAUGAGUUCCUAGAACUCAUUCAGUUCUGAAUGGUAAUAUUAUGCAAGAAAAUUAAAUAACCACUGGUAUGGUGGAAUUUAACGCAAAUGACAUUAAAUUUUCCCAUGUCACAGACACGCUACAACUCUGCAGAAUAAGACACAGUCCUUGACAGUGGAUCAGCCCAUGAUUGAUGCAAUGAGUGUCCGCGAUACAUGUCACCGUGGGUUUCGUUCAUUCAGGCACACGUUAUAGGUGUGUCAGUCUUCAUGAACCUAUUCGGCUGAUGGCUGAUGGCUGAUGGCUUGGUUUCAGCUGCACUAGCAAAGCUGCUGACUUAGUCGUUUGAGAGCUGCUGCUUUGUAGGUGGAGUGUGAGUGCAGACGAAACCAGCAGAGAUGUGAGAAGCGGCACAUGCACGGCACUUUCACACGCUGCCCAUGUCGAGAGGCAAGUUCAGAUGGAGACAGUACAACUUGCAUUUUCAAUGUUGCUGGCACUUUACCACCGACACUAGCGUAGAAUGUGAGGAAAAAGGCGUUGGUAUUUCACUAUUCAUCUUGUGUGCCCAGGAGAUUGACAAGUGCUGUCUGCCUUUGCAACUCUGGCACAGCUGCACCUCGUCAUUGUGUUGCCAUUGGAAGCACGCACGACGAGUCCACUAUUGCACCUUCUGGUUUCCAAUAUCGGCAAGGAUAAAUUUUCUAGUUUCACAAGGGUAUAAGUCUGCAAGUCUUCUGAACAUUGAGGCACCUCUUUUUUGCAAACUUAGCAUAGACGUGCUCUAGACAUACCAGGGUUCUGCUAGGAUGAUGCUGGUUUUGUGGCAGCUUUACUCUUAUAAGCAACUUGACUCUCUUGGCUGCUUGCAACCUUGCGCAUCUAUUGGGGGUUCUUUUGGGGGUUCUUCUGACAAGUAAAACAUUUUCCUUGCAAGCUCAUGGGUGCUUUCGGCCGGCAGUACACGCCGCUUUCAUUUUUCUCUUGGCAGCUCUCUGUGUGACAGUGCAAGUUUUUCACUGUCUGAGCAGCUUUGAAAACGGCAAAGGCUUUCGUUGGCUUUGGUAUUGGGGGCCACUGUGUGACAGAAGUGCAGCAUGCAAGUUGCUGUUUGGUAGUGAAAGGAUUGUGCCAUGUGCUUGGAAUAAUGUAAAAAACUGCUUUCUUCAAAUAUGAGAAUGCAGCCAUGUUUUGUUGGUAUUGUGCACAUAUAGCUGGAAUAUGCUGCAUAGAGUACUUCAUCUCCUAGAUGUGUUUGUAUCUUUCUAAACUCCUCGAGCAACGAUUUCGUUCAGUUGUGUUCACGAUGCUGCAUCAAGCUGUGCCUUUUGCAGUUUGUUCAGUUUUAUGAGAGCAGGUGACUAUUACUCCUUUGCUGCCUAUUAUUUAUCUUACAGAUGUAUAUUUAUGCUAUUUUAUUAAUUAGCCUUUCCCUACCUAUGCAGCUUUGUUAAGUGAACUAGCUGGGUGUGAAAAUAGGAUGGGACUAGUUGCCUGUAGGGGCGGUCUUGCCAGGCAGCGUCUUAGUCGAAUAUGCAAGUGGUACCAAAGAUCAAGAAGAGAUGAGGAGAUCGGUAACUUAGCAUGCAGUUCGCUUAUUCAUAUUUUUGGCUGCAGCAUUGUCCUUGUCAUUUUUGUCAUUUGGUUCUUAAAAUCAUUUGCAAUUUUUUAAUGCACUACUAAUGCUGGCAGAAAAAAUAAAGCAUUGUGGAAGUGACCGAAAUAUUCACGAUUGCUUGCUGGGCUCAGAGAAAAAUUUGUGUAAGUGGCAGUGAAAGCAUUGGCAGGUGCUCAUUUGUAAGACACUCCACUGUGACUGUAGUCAGGUCAUGUGUUGCAAUCUGAACCAAUGUAGGUGAGACCUGUUUCCUUUGUCUUUCUGCUGGAGACCCUGCUUCUCGAACUUGCACGAAAGGUUUGAAAAACUAGAUUUUUAGCAGCCCAGACAUUUGAAAGAUGUUUCGGUCAUAUCAACGUCCUUGUGCAAUAUCAGCGAAUGUCACGUUUUCACCGCUUUUAGUUUUUCGGCAGAAUUUUUUUAGAAUGUCGUGUAGUGCACGAAAUGAACAAAGAGAAACAUGGUGGAAAUGAGUGUCACUGUGGCAUCCUUUGGCUAAUCUAGUUUUAGUGGUCGCCACUCGUGGAUGCUGUGGAAUGGUAGCUUCUAUAUUUUUGCACAUUUAGUUGCACAUUAGUCCUCUUUUUAAACCUAUUGUAUUUUGUAUUGCGCUGCUGCUGUCCUGUUCUUAUUAUGUCUUUUCUUGCAUUCAUGCUUUCCGAUGAGACACAUAGUUGCACUUUUUAUAGUCACAUUCGAAGCUUCUUUUAUUUUUCCUUGUUGACUAAAACAACUUUGAGAUUUGUGGUUUGUGGCUCAGUGUUGCCAUUGGCCUCUUUUAUCAGUGCAUCACAAGUGUGAAGUUGUGUAUCAUGUUCUUUAGGUACGGAUUGUUUCAAGUAUUCUAGUGCACAUUCGUUAAACACGGACCAUUGGGAUAAGAUAGAAUGCAGUGCUCCAUGAUGACGAUUUGAUGGACGAACUUUCAGUGUGUUGUCUGUGCUUAUGAGUUUGACUGUUGGUCCUUUCUUUAAAAGAAAUAGUGUGUUAAGGUUACGCAUCAAUGCGCAGUUAGCCAUCUACAUUGUUUGAUGUUUUUUCUGGAUAAGUCUUACAAGGAUUUGCAUUUGUGUCUUGCAUUUAAUGCCUAAUUCUUGUUAGCUGACACCACCUAGCUUUCUGCUUUUACAUGCAGUCUUACAGUCUUCUUGUACAAAUGUUUUCAAAAAGAAGAAUGAUGCAGUUGCAUAGGGCCUUACCUCUUAUUUUAUUGCAUGUAUUCAGGCAACUCUGUUACUGAUUGUGCCUUUUGAAGCUCUGUAUGUUUUUUUUUUUGCUUGUUCUGUGGUAUAUUCAUUCAACUAAUUGUCAACUGAUUGGAAGCAUAAGAAGUUAUGGCUAAAUCACAGUGAAUAUCUUCGAUGUUGUGGUCUACAUCUGAGGCAGCAAGAAACAUUAUUUUAGUGUGGAGAAAAAAAUUACAGUUAAAGAAAAGAAAGGCAAAUUCUAUAGCUGUGCAUAUUGUAUGACUGCGUCUGAAAAUUGUUUGAGGUUUUAUUUAUACCUGUCCUGUUCAAAUAAUUGAGGAAUUGUAUUGUGAGACACUGGCCUCGCUUGCACACAUCCUUUAUGCAUGUCAAACAGUCGUAAUUAACAGUGUACGUUAGGCUUUCCCCAAACUUUUCAAAAAUGGUUAAUGACAGAAAAAGUCACUGUUGUACUCAUUGGCAGCUGGAAAAAAAAAAAACAGAACUGUUGGCUAUUAAAUUAUUUGUCUACUUGCUGCUAUAGCGCAAAGCACCACAGAAAGUUGUCACCCGUUUUCUUGCUUUCAAUAAUCCUAUAAACCUUUCGUGAUCACUGAAAUUUCAAUUCAAAAGGACCAGUGCAUGGCAUAAAAAAGUGUUCUUUCCGUGUGCCAUCUUUAUCUGUUAAGCGUUUUGUAGCUAUUUGAACUAAGUUCUUUAAUGGUUGCUGACACGGAGUGUUUGCAUGUACAUAGGUUUUGCUUAGGUAGCUGUUUUUGCUUCUGCUGAUUUAUUAUGGCUUCUGGACAAACAACCCUCUCAAUUUGAUGUGCAGCGAGUGGAUUUUACGAUCAGCGGUGUUAAUUGUGCGGGGCUUUACCAUUGGGUGUACUUUUUGCCAAAUUUCUUGCAUACACCAACCUUGUGUUAGCUGUGAGUCACGAAUGAGAUGUAAAUAUAUAUUGGCGCCUGUGAUGGUGGCCGUUUUUUCUCUUCAGUAGUAUUGUGUUGGAGUCAUUUUCUUUCUUCAAAUUUUCAUGUUUCAGUGAGCCUUGCUUUUUUCCUCGAGGAAGUCUUAGACGCAUGUGUAACGCAGAGCAAGAUGGUUAGCUAAUAAUUUGACACACACACACACACAUGAAAAAAAAAGACUUGCAUUAUCUUUAGCAGGUACAUAUAAAGCAGGGCUGCUUUGGUACCAUGUCACUCUGGUGCCUGUGCUGUCAUGCCUGUACUAAAGUUCAUGAAUAUGCAUACCUUUGUAACAUAUUCACAUACUACAGCCCUGUGAUGACAGAGCAUGGCAUUCCUAUUGUAUUCAAAGAUAGAUUUGCUGAAAGGUUUGUGUAACUGCCAUGGCUCUUUGAUAAAGUAGGUUUUUUUUAAUGUUGUUGAGGAGGGAAGCGGAACUACUUGUGCUGAAGUUGCUUGCGGGCAUGAUUAUCUGACAAGUGAGUGUUUCGUUUUCUCAUAAAAAUUGCCAUUAGUACUUGGCUUAACAACGGAAGAAGGCCUGACUGAAAGCCAUUUAAAUUUGGUCUCCAAUUUUUAUGUUUGAUCUGAACAUACAGUUGCAGCUUUCAAAGGUAAAUAUUCGACAGAGACCUACCUGGUUGGCUGAACUGACUGAAUUAAAGCUCAUGAAACUCCAACCAAAAUUUAUUGAAACCCGAUGUUUCAGAGCCCUAUGGCUCCUUCAAGGACUCCCGAAGAAGGAGCCAAAGAGGCUUUGAAACAUCGGGUUUCAAUAAAUUUUGGUUGGUGGUUGGAGCUCUCAUUCUGCAGCUGUAUUGCACUAAAGUUCAUGGUUUCAUCUUUGUUUCCGGUUUCGAAUGAAGAAAUCACUAAUCUGUUAUUAUAUAAGGCCCUUCAAGACAAGGCACCUUGCAUAGUCCAAUUUGUGUAAAUUGCCAGCAUUGCUGGUGGCCUUCAAAGAGUUACUGUUUGCUCUUGGCCUACAAAUUAUACCAGAACAGCAAGUCCUCAGAAGACUGGUUUUCGGGCUAACACAGAUCAGCAUUGCUUUUACCUUGAGGCAGUGCACUGUAUGUACCUGCAGCACAGCAGUUUGUUAUGGUAGUAUGCGCUGUGUGAAAAGGAACACCUUUAAAUAUAUGCGCAACUAAAGUGGUAGUAGUGGCUCAUUGUUAAGCGUAGCAUAUGAGAAUUCUUAAGAUAUGCUACAGUCUAAACAGACCUUGAAGUGAGGGCCUUCAAAGCAGAGAAUGUGCAAGUUGGUUGACUCGUCAUAACAGAGGUAAAAAAAUAGUAUGUUCAUUAUAUAUGAGUUGAGAGCAUUGCAGUCCAACCUGAACUAAUGGUGAAAGAGUCUACCGAGGAAUUAACGGUGAAGCAUUUGUCAACAUCAUUUCACUCUCAGCAGGCUUUUACUAAACGCACUAUUGCAUGAGUGUGUUCCCUACUAAGGGCACAGUCAUGUUGGCUAGUGCUAGUGGUUUAUCAGCUCUGGUCAUCUUUUAGUGUGAAGGUACGGGUUAUACGGUUCUGACAGCCUUAUCUUCUUAGCAGAAUAUUUAUAAAUAUUGGCCUUCGUUUGGCCCAGCUCAUGAUGACGACUAUGACAACUGUCUUUGCUAGAACUGACAUGUGACCAAACACACCACCGCGGUUGCAGCUUCCUUCAUUGCGGCUUGUAAAACCAUGUUUGGUCUACAAGCAAGCUACAAGGUUGGCUUCAUUACUAUGUAAUGAUAUCAGCUUAGGUGUUGUCAUUAGUCUUGCAUUUCUGACUGAUGUAGCAAAGACUAAUGGAUAGCUCCUUUGGUCAAACGUAAAGCUUCUGAGUCAGUUUGUAGCAUGCCGUUUUAGCUGUACGCACUCUUUGUGUGCCCCUAAAACCAUAUCAUGCCUCAACACCCGACAGUACUGAAAGCGGAGUGCACAUGCAUUUUGCUGUCACAUUUUGCUGUCGCACUUCUCAGAGUUGCUGGUUUCCAUUUCCAUGAUGGCUCGUAGCCGAGGCCAGCAUCACUGGUUUAUACUACUGACUGCACCAUACUAUCGAUGUUGGCUGAAGGUGCAUACUCAGUGAGGAGGCCCAUUGUGGUUUUUAUCACUUGUGCCCAUUGUUCUUAUUUCAUUUGUCUUUCUUCAUGGUGUUGCCUUAGUGGCUUGGAAGUGAACCUUCUAUAGUUCCGGUGCGAUCCACCAGUUACGGCGCUAGUGGUUGCCUAUCACUUGUGUCACUUACAUGGAAGACUUGGUUGUUGUUCUUGUACGACGCUUGCCUGAAGCCUUGGCACAAAGCACAGUGUGAUUACCUUUCUGCUGUCUGGUCGCUAAUGCUGGCCUCGAUGGUGUGGUGUGGCGAUUCAGCAAACGCCCGACAAUAUGAAAGUACUCUGUGGUUUCGCUCCCACAACCUUUCUGUCUUAGUGAGCUUGAAGACACUGUGUGAGGAUCGAGAAAGUGUAUGUGUCUCUUGGGACAGGCAUGUGUGUGCAUGCAUGCGUUUUGCACGUUGUGUGCAGUUGACUGGUGGCAAAGCAAAUGUUGCCGGCUACAUUCUUGUAGCACUGUGGCUGUUGCUUCUUUCUUGUCAACCGCUAUGCUAGUGCCACUGACACUGGUAUGAAGUGUCACACGUACUGUGCCACUUGCUUCAGUACCGUUGUCACCACUGCCCUGUGAAAUGUGGGGUGUGCGGUGCUGGAACGGUCCAUUUGACCUCUAGCUACACCUGGAACUGGCUUUCUCUGAGAAGUGUGUGCGCGUGUUUGCGUGUGCGCAAGUGUUAGUUUGCAUGUGACUUUUUAUUUUAGAGGUAAUGAACAACAAGGAUGCAAUAAUGCUGGGUGAAUAAAGACUUUUAUAGGAGGUGAGA